GUUUCUGCGGUUGGUGGGCGGCUGGAGGCGUGGCCGGAGUGGGAAUUGAGCGCUGCUAAUGAUGAACUCGGUCAAGGAGCCAGUGCAGCCACGCUGUCCAGCUAAUUAGAUAAGCGAAGCUUUCGAAAACAGGACGAACUUGGUCAAACCGAUAAAUCGCGAUGGUCUACGGAAGGAGCAUCGCCGUGGGCGUCUGCCUGAUGACCAUUGUCCUCUUCCUGGCCGCUCUCAUAUUUUAUUUGAGUCUUGGACCCUGUCCUACUGGCAGUUACUCCUGUGACAAUGGAACCCUGUGUGUUCCUCAGCGACAGAUAUGCGACAGCAGGCCGGACUGCGCCGACAAGAGCGACGAGCACCCGGUGGAGUGUGGACUGCUCUACGGGAGCAAGGAGAUGGCCGACAAGAUUGUGCGUAAUGCCAUCGAGAAGAAGCAACAGCAGCAGCUUAAUCAGCGCCUCAACCUGUCUGGCUCCAAUGCGAGCAACCUGGAUUUAUCACCGCGUGUGGUGCAAACUAAUCAGAGCCAAAUUCUAAGCCAGACUUGUGAUAUCGCCACAUAUCCACGUCUCUGCAAGUGCGGACAGGGAACCAUACUCUACUGCGGUCGUUUUGCCAAGCUACGUCGCUUUCCUAAAAUCAGUCCGGAGGUUACUAACUUGAUCAUCAUCCGUAACAACAUUACUCUGAGGGAUAACCUGUUUGCUAAUAUCACGCGUCUACAAAAACUGACUCUUAAAUACAACAACAUAUCACACGUGCCGCUGGGCAGUUUCAGCGGCCUCGAACAUCUGGAGCGGCUCGAUGUGAGCCACAACAAUAUCAGCCACCUGCCGCACGGUGUGUUCCAUGGCCUGUAUAACCUCCAGUGGCUGUUCCUAGUAAACAACCAUCUACGCCAGUUUCCCAUGGAACAGCUGCGGUUCAUCCGCCGCCUGGAGUGGCUCGUCCUCAGUCGGAAUCGCCUCACAUUGCGCAACGUGCAGCUGCCGAAAAUCUCCUCGCUCUACGAAGUUUAUUUGGAUUUCAAUCGAAUUGAAUAUAUUGGCGAGGAAACUUUUUCCCAAUUGGAUAAUUUACAUUUGCUAGACCUGCAGCACAAUAUCAUCACCCACAUCCAUGGACUAGCCUUUGAGAAUUUAACGAAUCUGCGAGACAUCCGCCUCGUUGGUAAUCCCAUUAAGGAGUUAUCUGGAGAAACAUUUCUGCACAAUUCCAGAUUGGAAGCCCUGUCUCUGGCUCAGAUGCCCCUUCAGGUCCACAGCAAUCUCCUGGAGCCACUGAACAUUUCUUUUCUGAACCUCACAGGCAUCCGAUAUGAUAACAUCGAUUUCAAGGCCAUCAACUCGAUGCGAAAUCUUACGUACAUUGUCUUCGAUCGGUUCUUCUACUGCUCGAUGACCCCGAGGGUGAAGCUGUGCAGACCAUCCACCGAUGGGGUUAGCUCCUUCCAGGACUUGUUGAGCAAGCCUGUCCUGCGAUAUUCCACUUGGGUAAUGGCCACCCUGACGAUAGCUGGCAAUGUGCUGGUCCUUUGGGGACGUUUUAUAUACCGGGAUGAGAACAUGGCGGUGACGAUGGUCAUCCGUAAUUUGGCACUGGCUGACAUGCUAAUGGGUUUCUAUUUGGUGACCAUCGGAGUGCAGGACUAUCGUUAUAGGAACAAGUACUACACAGUGGUUCUGGACUGGAUUACCUCAUGGCAGUGCACGGUUAUUGGAACCCUGGCUGUAAGUUCUUCUGAGGUUUCCAUGUUGAUCCUGGCCUUUAUGUCCCUGGAACGCUUCCUGCUGAUUGCGGACCCCUUUCGUGGCCAUCGCAGCAUCGGAAGCCGAGUGAUGUGGCUGGCAUUGCUCUGCAUUUGGCUGACGGGCGUAGGAUUAGCGGUCGUACCGGUGCUUCUCUGGCGCUCCAGUAGCCUUCCUUACUACGGAUCCUACUCUGGCACCUGCUUUCCAUUGCACAUCCACGAACCCUUUCCGCUGGGCUGGUUGUACUCGGCAUUUGUUUUCCUGGGCGUUAACCUGAUGCUCCUGGUGAUGAUCGCGAUGUUAUAUACGGCUUUGCUCAUCUCAAUAUGGAGGACACGAAGUGCCACUCCACUGACUCUCCUAGACUGCGAGUUUGCGGUGAGGUUCUUCUUUAUCGUCCUGACAGACGUACUUUGUUGGGUGCCCAUCAUCGUGAUGAAGAUCUGGGUGUUCUUCAACUACAACAUCUCCGACGACAUCUACGCCUGGCUGGUGGUCUUUGUGAUCCCUCUGAACUCGGCGGUCAAUCCGAUCCUGUAUACCUUUACUACUCCCAAGUACCGCAACCAGGUUUUCCUGCGGGGCUGGAAAAAGAUCACCUCACGAAAGCGGGCUGAGGCGGGUAAUGGAAACGUGGCCACCACGACGACGGGGACCGCUACUGGCUCCUCCCAUCCGGACGACUCCACGGCUCUGGCCAAAGCCAUGCCAAUGACACUGACGCUAGCUAAUUGA